UCUCUCUCUCAGCAGGACCAUCUCAUCUUCUUCCUCCGAUUCCGAUACCUUCUGCCAUAUUCACCGGCCCCCACUACCCCUAUCUUCUCCUCUCUACCAAGCAUCAAACCGCAAAAUUUCAAAUCAUCUGUCUGUGGUGUGGUGUCUAGUCUACGCUAUACAGCUGCAGCCCACUCUCAAUUCACAGUCGACAAAUUAAAAAAUGAUUGAGAUGAUUAAGUAUCUGAUCGGCUACGCCGGAGCUAGCGGUUACGGUUCCAAAUCCACCGCCGAGCAAGUCACCGAUAACUGCGAUCGUUUAUGCUCUUGCACCGCCAUCAUCACAGGUGCGACGUCCGGGAUCGGAGCUGAGACGGCUCGUGUCCUGGCUAAGGGCGGUGCUCGUCUGAUCAUGCCUGCUCGGAAUCUAAAGGCCGCCGAGGAGAAUAAGGCUCGUAUCUUGUCGGAGUUUCCUGAUUCGGAGAUUAUUGUUAUCACUCUUGAUCUUAGCUCGCUUCAUUCCGUCAGGAGUUUUGUUUCUGAUUUUGAAGCUCUUAAUCUUCCGCUUAAUCUCCUCAUUAACAACGCCGGAAAAUUUUCUCAGAAUCACUGUAUAUCGGAAGACGGGAUGGAGAUGACGUUUGCAACGAAUUAUCUAGGUCAUUUUUUGUUAACGGAACUGUUGAUGAAGAAUAUGAUAGAGACGGCAAACAUAACCGGCAUACAAGGUCGUAUCGUGAACGUAUCUUCCGGCAUCCAUACCUGGUUUUCCGGCGACUUGAUUCGUUCUCUUGGUCGAAUCACUCGAGAUAAAAGUCAGUACGAUGCAACACGUGCAUAUGCAAUCUCGAAGCUCGCUAACGUUUUGCAUACCAAGGAACUUGCUCGGAGACUCAAGCAAAUGGAGGCGAACGUGACUGUAAACUGUGUGCAUCCUGGGAUCGUGAGAACGGAGCUAACAAGAGAUCACAAAGGCUUUGUAACAGAUCUCGUAUUUUUUCUGGCUUCAAAGCUGUUAAAAACCAUUCCUCAGGCGGCGGCGACCACAUGCUAUGUUGCAACUGACCCAAGACUGAGAAAUGUGAGCGGAAAAUACUUUGUAGACUGCAACGAAGCUUCACCAUCAAAACUAGCAUGCGAUCCAGAGGAAGUCCGGCAUCACCACAACCAUUUGCCACCACCACCACCACCCUCUAGCCCCAUAAUCUGCCCCCAAUAA